CACCACCACCUUCCAUCGUCAAGGCUCUCUACAUUUCUCACACGAGAGGAUAACCAAAAGCUCUUCCAUUUAGCACCCAUUUCAGAUACGUAAAUAAAUCUCUUCAUCACACCAUAUAUUUUCUCCUUUCUCUUACCUUCUCUAUUAGCUUUCCGUGUCUCUCGAUCUCACUAUAUACUCCGUGUGUGUGUGUGUGUGUGUGUAUAUAUAUAUAUAUAUAUAUAUAUAUGCCUGAGCAGGUCUGUCAAAGGGUGAUUUUGAAGAGAACUCAAAGGAAGAGAGAGCUAUACAGGGGGCCUCUCCAGCCCCUCUGCUCCUCAUAUAUGCCUCUCUUCUGAUCUCGAGUUUUCUCAAUCUGUUUUGGUGCCUCAACCUUUUAUUUUUUUGGAUGGAAAUGGAGCCUGGAAAGUUGUUCGUUGGUGGCAUAUCUUGGGACACCACUGAACAACGUCUCAGUGCUUAUUUCCAAACAUUUGGGGAUGUGGUUGAGGCAGUUGUCAUGAAAGAUCGGACCACAGGGCGCACCCGUGGUUUUGGUUUUGUCGUUUUUUCUGAUCCUUCUGUUGCAGAAAGAGUUGUCAAGGAAAAACACACCAUCGAUGGUAGAACUGUGGAGGCAAAGAAGGCUGUGCCUAGGGAGGAUCAAUACUCAAGUAGGAACAAUGGAAGUAUACAGUCUCCACAAAGUACGAUGCGCACGAAAAAGAUUUUUGUAGGUGGCUUGCCAUCCUCCGUUACUGAAAGCGACUUCAAGGAGUACUUUGAUCAAUUCGGAACGAUCACUGAUGUUGUGGUGAUGUAUGACCAUAACACACAGCGGCCCAGAGGUUUUGGGUUCAUAACUUAUGACUCGGAGGAAGCUGUGGAUAAUGUUUUGCACAAAACAUUUCAUGAACUUAAUGGAAAAAUGGUUGAAGUCAAGCGUGCUGUUCCCAAGGAGCUAUCACCAGGGCCAGCCAGAAGUCCAUUAGGGGGAGGAUAUACAUAUGGUUUGAACAGAGUGAGCAAUUUUCUGAAUGCAUACACCCAAGGUUACAAUCAGAGUCCAAUAGGAAGCCAAGGAGUAAGAAUGGAAAGAAGUAGUCCAACUGGUGCAGGGCGAAGUGGUUAUUCGUCAAUUACUCCAUCUGGCUAUAAUUUUGGACCAAGUCUAGACCCGUCAAUGAGUUCAAACUACGGUGGGGGUUUGGGUUCUAAUCUGGGGUUCGGAUGUGAUAUGGACUCCUUUUACAGUGGGGUUUCAAAUCGGCACAUUGGUCAAAUUCGAUGUGCUUCGGGGAUAGGUGGAAGUGGCUCUAUGCUGACGUCAGCGGGUCGGAGCUUGUUGGAAAAUGAGAACGGGUUCUACAGUAGGAACCCUGGAAAUGCGACCGAAUAUGUUGGAUCAGUAACUGGGAAUAGUACCGGAUUGGAUGCUGCCCUUGGAGGAGGUCUUGGAACAACUUGGGGUUCCUCUGCUGCUAUCUCACUCCAAGGAAGAGUGAGGAAUGGGGGAACAGGUGAUUAUGGGGCUGGCAGUUUUGCUGGUGCCGGAGGUUAUGCACAAAAUAUUGUCGAUAGUGCGACAAAAGAUGUUCUUCGUGCCGGAGAUUUUGAAAUGUUGCGUGAGAACGGGAGGAGUUCAUUAUACAAGGAUCUGGCAUGGCGUUCACUAUCUCCAGAGCUAGAGGAGCGUUCUAUGCCUUUCAACUAUGGGCUUGGAAGUAUGGCGGCUUCAGAAGCCAUAACUAACAACCCGCUUGGUUACGUUGGCUUGUUAUAGUGUCACAAUUUAUUAGAGGUGCGUAUUAAUUUGUGUUUUUUAUUGUCGUCGUUCUACUUUGAUUUAGCAUCUGAACAAAUUGUGCAUUACAGUAUUAUAUUCGAUAAACUUAUUGUUGCUCUCACUGCCGAAUGAAGGUUGUAUGGAUUUGGAGUUGUUAUUAUAGAAGAUACAAAGUAGCUAGCUAGAUCAUAUGUUCAUUUUCUUUAGACACAAUUCUAGUGCGUGGCUUGGCUUUCCAUUUUGCUAUGUAGACAGGAAACGUUUCAAAUGAACAUCACUUAGGAUUCUGUUUGGUGUAGUCCUUUUUCUGUAUUAUUGAAUGCUGGGAUCUAUAUAUAUACUCAAGCAUUUAACUUACCAC